AUGCUAUUGUACGGGGAAGAAUACUUAAUUCGUACUAUUCACCCGUAUAAUUCCCCUUAUUCAGCCAAUCUCUUUAUUCAAAAUGGAUCUCUUCUUUAUUUAAUAUUAAACUCAUGUAGUGAUACAUUUAACAGUUCCAUCAACACCAUCAUAAGGUCCUCAUCUGAUCUUAGAACUCAAUAUCAAGAGUGGUAUAUCCUCUAG